AUGGAGGUCACCGACCGAUUCUUCAACGAGGAAAGGCUUCAAAUUGACGAUGGAGCUCGCAGCUACCGAUGUUUCAUGUCACAAAUUGACUGCCUCUUCUGCUCCGACACAUUCAAAUCGAAGCAAGCGCUGCAUCAUAUCUUGAGAUACUAUGAGAAGGCCGAUCCCGAUCUUCGUUUUGGCUUGGACAUCUUUCUACAAAGCGACUGGGCUCGCAAGUCUGCUAUCGCUCAUUGGAAACUUUUCACCGACUUCGAUCAAGUUGUGGACAGCCAGGAAUGCCUGCAAAGCGAGCACGAACACCCCGAUGUUGCCUCGUGCUGCAUCUAUGAGUCUCCGGGUGCCUUCCACUUUCUGGUCCGGCAAGGCAUUAUUCGGUCAUGCUACUACAACAGCUUUGGACACAGCCUCUUCCUUCUUGCCUUUGAGGAAAGCGCUAUUGAAACGAUUGGUUACAUGAUUUCUACGAUGAGUCCGAUCCAUCUUCUUGCUCCUGCAUCGGUGGCAGAAAUGUGGGAUGGGAGGUUAAUUCUUCAACUCGCGGCGACGAACUCGGUUGUGUUUUGUAUCUGUUGGGAAAAGGUCGACCAAAUGCCACUGGAUUUGGGAGAGAUUCUCCAGGAUGAUGAAAUCCGCAGUAUUUGCCGAUUUGCAAGCAUGGGCCUAGCCUCUCGUUUGUAUCGAAGAGGCAUAGCUAUAUCUUGCUGA